AUGGAAAAUGAGUUCUUUGUCAAUACUUCAAACAGUCAACCACAACAAAUAACAUCGGAUCAUAACAUUGUUCAGAGGAAUAGCGCGGUCGAAGGUAAUAACGUUGUUGGAAGAUAUACGCGGACGCUCGUUCCCCACGCAAAUGGUGCUAAUAAUAAAACUAACAAUAACAAAACAAACAGUCCGAGCUAUGGUUACGCAAAAAAAGAUACAAACGAGGAUGUGGGGUUAACGAAAAAUGUUACCGAGAGGAGAGAUUUUGACGAAUAUGACUUGUACGGUCAGCUCUUGGCCAAGAAAUUAAGAAAAUUAAAGGAGCAUCAGCGUGAUGUCGCAAUGCAUGAGAUCGACAAUAUUAUGUUCAGAGCUAAAAUGCAAAGUGGAACAAAUCAAAGUCGAACAGCCCGCAGUUAUUCCUCCUCACCUUCGCCCGUGCGUCGUAAAACGAAGUCCCCUAUUUUCAUUGUAACGCAACCGAAUCACGAACAAUAUGAAGAUGAAAAUAUUACAUAUGAAGAACGUACGCCACAGCAAGCCAUAUCU